AGGCACCACAUAGGCGACCGUAGCUUGUCCCUGUGCAACAUGUUUCUGGAUGAGAUGGCUAAACAGGCCCGCAACCUGAUCACAGACAUCUGCACCGAGCAAUGCACGCUCAGCGACCAGGUGAGGUUCUGUUGUCAUGGUGAUUAAUCAAAGUCCACACUAAGCGACCAGAGGGCUAUACUACGAUACAAGCUGGAUCUGCUCAGGGUUUUCUAAAGCUAGCUAGCUUCAGUUAGCUUCACAUUCUAGGUCAUGCUUCAUCCGCACUACAAUGGUGAAUAUUGCUCGUCCGCCUGCCGCUAACUCGAGCAGGCUUGUAACUGCACGUGCAUGUCGCACGUGGCUAGUCGAACGCCGGACUCUUAAUUGAUACAAUGCUGAAACACCAAUCUAUGGGUGAGUCAGUGCCACAUUUUCAUUUGUGCCAAAGUCAAAAUGAAAGAAAAGUUGUCUUGCAAAUUCAGCAGUCUAUGGUGUGAAAUAGGCUUGUUGAAGGGCCGUCUUUAUGUUAUUACGUAUUGUUAAUGACGUCUUUGGUGUACUUAUUAAUACACAAGCACCUUUUUUCCCACUCCUAUCGAUAAAAUAAUUUUAUUAGGCCGAAGUCAUACACAAGUUUUACUGUACGUGAAGUUUCAAAUGCAUUCUGUCAUUACUAAAUGUGUAAUGUAUUUUAACAUGACAAUUUGUUAACUGUUUGGUGGGAGUGGUCUGGGUCUGCUCUCGUGUCAUUCCUAACCAUCUAAUUAUUAUAAUUACUGAGAUGGGCCGGUCUCCAAGACACAGGCCUAAUCUGAGUCCGGAAAACCGUAAGAUACAUUGAGUGCAUACCUUGUUAUCUGUGUGUUGGAACUGCUCUAUUUUGGUAUUGUAUGUUAGACCUAUUUACUUGCCAUUUAAGUUUUUCAACUGAUGACUCAAUGUAGGUCUUAAGUCAGAUACUUUUCAUAAUUCUAUUUCUGUCAUGUACAGUACAGGUAAAUAGGCUUGGGCGGUAUCCAGAUUUUCAUAUUGUUAUACCAUUCUUCUCACAUCCUGGGAUUUACGAUAUUACCGGCAUAGCACACAAGGGGGCGCUAACAAUGCAAGAAAAGCCCAUUGGGCCUCUAUUACCAGAAUGCUAACAAAAUUAGCACGAACAAAUAGCAAAAUCACAUGGACACUGUUAGCUAAAUGCUAACGAGCGAACCCAAACAUGAGCUAAUUGCAAAGACCGGCAAAUCCAGCUCAUAAAGAUAUAAAAGCAUAGCUAGUAGCUACUGAAUGUCAUUUUCGGUGAGUGUGGACAUUUUACAACCGAAAGUGAAUGAGAGAAAUUGUGAAAAUUGAGAAAGUUGUGAAGCAUGCUUUACUGAAGGAAGAGCAGCAUGUGUACACUGAGCAGAGGGGAGAACGGAGGAGAAAAAAAACGCUAGUAGGAAGCAAAGGGACAAAAUGGCAGCUGUAUAGAUAACUCAUCCAGAGCUCGUUGACUUCUGGCAGAAAGCCAUUAUAAGAUAUCUGAUGGCAAACAUUUAGUAGUGAAUUGCAUACAAGUGUAACUUCAUCAGCUCAUGUGCGCCGCACAACAGAGACUCUCCGAUAGAUAUAGAACGCUAUGGACUCACCAGCUCGAUAUCUCCCAUUGUGCUAUUUACAAACAAACACGUGACUGGCUCAACUGUCCUGGGGAACUACGGUAAGCUUCAUAAUUUAAAAUAAUGUGACAGAUAAAAUGAAGAACGCAAUCUGCUUUAUCUCCUAACGUAUUGCACAAGUUGACUGCAGGUAAUAACUUAAUAAGUAGCUACAAAUAUUCAAAUUUAUUGGAAAAACUUCAAAUAAAUAAUUUUGAUGGUAUUGAAAAACCAUCCCGUGUCUUUUUCCCAAAUACCCCGGUAUACGGUAUAUACGGUAUACCGCCCAAGCCUAGUAAAUAGAACACGAUAUAGCCUACAUUGUGCAUGUUCCAACUAAGUGCCUUGAAAACAUAAUUUGUCACUUCAUUCCUUAUUGGUCUGUGGGUGUUAAAGGGGUUUUCCUGUCCCUCCUGUGCUCCUGUUGCAGCUGCUGCCAAAACAUUGUGCCAAAACCAUCAGUCAGGCGGUGAACAAGAAGUCAAAGAAGCAGACUGGGAAGAAAGGCGAGCCUGAGAGAGAGAAGCCUGGAGUAGAGAGCAUGAGGAAGAACAGGCUGCUGGUCACCAAGUAAGUAGUGUACACACUGUAGGGUCCCUAAGUAAGGUUAGGGACUCUUUCCCAAUGUGUCUAUGCUCGAUUCUUCCUCUCUGCUCUUUCUCAAAACAAAUUGGAGUGGAACAUCCACUGGAAGGUAACCUUGGAUAUUCUCCUCCAAUUUCGAGGAAUCAAGGAAAGACGAAUUUGGAAAGAGCCCUGAGACGCGGAGACAUUUAAAUUUUUGUCAUUUAGCAGACAAUUUUUUCCAGUGUGACUUACAGGAACAAUUACGGUUAAGUGCCUUGCUCAAGGGCACAGACUGAUUUUUCACCUAGUCGGCUUGGGUAUUCGAACCAGCGACCUUUCUGUUUCUGGCCCAACGCUCUUAACCGCUAGGCUACUUGUCCCCCUCCCCCUCUCCAUGACCACAGUACAGUUUUAUUGGAUGGUUUUGUAAGUCAUGGUCUGCAUGCGUCCCAAAUUGCACCCUAUUCCCUACAAGUGGACACUGGUCAAAAGUAAUGCACUACAUAGGGAAUAGGGUGCCAUUUGGGAUGUAGUCAUGGUUUUGCAACUUAAUUUCCCACUGUGUGUUCAAAAUACCAUGCUAAGAUUUACUGCCAUCACUUGCUCUCCCUGCUCUGGGUAUUCCACUUUAAUUUAGGCCUAACUCUACUACUCUACUCCUAAUUCUCAGCUUCCAGUAAGCUACAUAGAAACAGACCAUGACCAGGGCUAGCAUAAUAUAGAUUCAGGUCUGGGCCAAAAAAGGGAUGUGUAAAAACAACAUUAGCUGUGGUGCUGGAGGAACUUAAUCUAUCUGCUCUGUCACAGAUUUCCCCUUUAAUCUGAAAGAAAUGAGGUUUUAAUGUCUGUGUUCCUAGCCUGGAUAAGCUUCACACAGCGCUAUCUGAGCUGUGUUUCUCCAUCAACUACGUGCCCAACAUGGUGAUAUGGGAACACACCUUCACUCCCAGGGAGUACCUCACCUCACACCUAGAGAUACGCUUCACCAAGUGAGUACACACACACAUUUGCACACACACAUGCACGCUCACACACACGUAUGUAUGAUCGCACAUGUGCACGAACACACACAAACUCAGGGAAUCCACUCUCCUAUUGAAACACCAAUCCUCACAGGAGGCUAUGGGUGAAUUUCUGCAUAUAUUCUGACUCUGCUCUCUCUCUCUUCCCACUGUGUUGUAACGUUAGCUGGUCAGUUAUAAAACCUGCCUCUACUCCUCGAACACCAAUCCAUUGACCAUCUCACGCAAAAAGAAGGAGGCUUAGUUUAUUGUUAUAAAUCAAGGAACAUUGUCCCAUUUGUUCAUUUUAAUUAAAAUCCCCAGACAGAGUUUAACAAAAAACCUCUCCGGAGUUUAUGAUUUUAUCUGUGAUUUAUUGAUCCACCAGACAAACGUUUUUUUGGUCAGAGUGAUUUUUGACACGCGUCCAGAAUGGGGCCUGACUGGUCCAAUGAAAUAAACAUUGUGCUGGAGAGUAACAGGUAUUUUCCACUGUGGAAGUUAGGGUUGUGACGUUGGUGCUUUGGCUGGCCCGUGUGUGUGUGUGUGUGUGUGUGUGUGUGUGUGUGUGUGUGUGUGUGUGUGUGUGUGUGUGUGUGUGUGUGUGUGUGUGUGUGUGUGUGUGUGUGUGUGUGUGUGUGUGUGUGUGUGUGUGUGUGUGUGUGUGUGUGUGUGUGUGUGUGUGUGUGUGUGUGUGUGUGUGUGUGUGUGUGUGUGUGUGUGUGUGUGUGUGAGAGAGAGAGAGUGAGAGAGAGUGAGAGACGUGCGUGCGUUGGCUGGCCCCUCUCCACUGGCCGUGCUUCCCAGAGAGGAGAGGGCUCACACACACAUACCCUAUUACCACCACUUACCACUCCGCCCUGCUCCGCUCCUCCAGAUCAGCGCAGGAUAAAAGUUUUACUGCCCUUAGGUUCCCAGUUCCCAGCACACUUCAGACAGAAGGGAAAAGUGGCUAGUUAUUUACUAAAUUUUCCUAAUGCUCGGUCAGGGUGUGAAAAAGCGUUUUAUCACUUGUUGCGCCAUAGUUUUUUAACCCUGCCAUGUUUGAGCCGAUCUGCCCGCUCCACACCUCCAAGUUAUCUACGUAGAAAUAUGGAAAGGUUAGGGAAAACAAUACAGCCAUUGUUGAACAUUGUUGAAGAGUCGCCCAAACUCCCUGGAGUCCAUGUAACUAACAGUAACAGGGAUCAUUUGCUGUUGUAAAAAGGGCUUUAUAAGUACAUUCGAGUGAUUGAUAAAUUGAUUGAUUGAUCCCUAUUAUGCCUGACCUUAAACGUUGGCUCUGACAGUCAAAUAUAUCAUUAUUGGACAUGAUGAAUGCCCUCUCUGCAUCUCUGUCAGUGAAUUACAAAGAAUUGUUCAUCAUGCCCUAGAUUGACUGAUGGAUCCUGUUUUGUUCCUUAUCUAGGUCUAUCGUGGGGAUGACCAUGUAUAACCAGGCCACCCAGGAGAUAGCCAAGCCGUCUGAGCUGCUGACCAGUGUCAGGGCCUACAUGACUGUGCUCCAGAGCAUAGAGAACUAUGUUCAGAUAGAUAUCACCAGGGUGUUCAACAACGUGCUGCUGCAGCAGACACAACAUCUGGACAGUCACGGAGAACCAACCAUCACCAGCCUCUACACCAACUGGUGAGCCCUAACCCCUUAACACCCUAACCCCUUAACACCCUAAGCCUUAAUCUUAACCCCUGAACUCCUUAACCCCCUAACUCCUUAACCCCCUAACUCCUUAACCCUAACCUCCUAACCCCUUAACACCCUAAGCCUUAAUCUUAACCCCCGAACUCCUUAACCCCCUAACUCCUUAACUCCUUAACCCCCUAACUCCUUAACCCCCUAACUCCUUAACCCCCUAACUCCUUAACCCCCUAACUCCUUAACCCUAACCUCCUAACCCCUUAACACCCUAACCCCUUAACACCCUAACCCCUUAACACCCUAAGCCUUAAUCUUAACCCCCGAACUCCUUAACCCCCUAACUCCUUAACCCCCUAACUCCUUAACCCCCUAACUCCUUAACCCUAACCUCCUAACCUCCUAACCCCUUAACACCCUAAACCCUUAAUCUUAACCCCCUAACUCUUUAACCCCCUAACUAUUUAACCCCCUAACUCCUUAACCCCCUAACUCCUUAACCCCUAACCUCCUAACCCCUUUAACCCCCUUAACCCUAACCCACCAUCACCAGCCUCUACACCAGGGCUGUCCAAUCCUCUUCCUGGAGAUCUACUGUCCUGUACAUUUUCAGUCCAACCCUAAUUUAGCAUAUCUGAUUCAGCUAGUUAAGGUCUUGUUGAGCAGCUAAUAAGUAGAAGCAGGUGUGUUACAUUAGGGUUGGACUGAAAACCCACAGGACGGUAGAUCUCCGGGAAGAGGGUUUGGCAGCCCUGCUUUACACCAACUGGUACAAGCAAUACAUUCACAAAACAAUAUAAAUGUCCUCUUUCUACCUGUCUGUGAAUAACAGAUUUGGGCCUUUUUUCAAACAAAUGCAAGUGAAUGUCCUGUGCACUGCGAUUGAGUUUAAAUGGGAAUUUCUGCUUGAGCCAACAUCCGUGGUGAACGUGAUCUCUGUGAACAUCUGAGAAAGUGCCUUAAAGUAUAUUGCAGUGUGCAGGUUGUUAAUCUGGAUUGGUUUGAAUCCCAGCCUUGAUCAUGCCUUCCAUUCAAUCACACAGCCACCAUACAUUCUCUCUGUACUACAGGUAUCUGGAGACCUUACUGCGCCAAGUGAGUAACGGACACAUAGCUUACUUCCCAGCCAUGAAGGCUUUUGUCAACCUGCCUACGGAGAACGAGCUCACCUUCAAUGCAGAGGAAUACUCUGAUAUCUCAGGUAAGCUUAAUUAGUUAUACUGUCCUUUUAGACACCAAUAUACUUUUAUGUUACUGAGAGUAUGAGUCUUAUGAUUUACUAUCUAGCAUAUUUAAACAGUGCUUGUUUAUAGCCAUAGCUGUGUUGGAUGACAGAAGGAAUCACUGACAGAACAUUUCCAUCAUCUUAUGUCGGAAGGGUUGGGAUAAAACAAAAACACAUGUAUGUUGAACAUUUGUGGAUGUUCAUUUGACAAUAAAGCACCUUAAGUAUACAGAAGAUGACAGAACAUUUCCAUGAGCUUGUGUUGGAUUAAAGCAGAACACCAAAUUUCCAUUGGACAUUUAUUGGACAAUAAAGUCAUCUUAUUCCUAUCUUCUUCUCCUCUUCUCAGAGAUGCGGUCACUGUCAGAGCUGCUGGGGCCCUACGGGAUGAAGUUCCUCAGUGAGAGUCUCAUGUGGCAUAUCUCCUCCCAGGUGGCUGAGCUCAAGGUGAGGGGUCACGGGGGCCAUGGAGGUCAAGGGUUAAAGGUUGCGGGCCAGAGGUAAUCCAGGGUUAACCCAGGGCAGGCUUGGUCAUGUUCAUUAGGGCACACCGCCGUAGCAAAAUGUAAAUGAAAAUACGCUUUUUUUUUAUUGGUCCAAAUAGUCCCACCCCAGUUUAGGACCACUUUGUUCCGUUUGGUGCCUAAUGAACACGACCCUGGUUUCUCGCUUCUCUAAUUCUUAGUGUGCAUCCAAAAUGAGACCCUAUCCCCUAUAUCAGGGGUGUCAAAAUCAUUUUGCCUGAGGAGCCGUAUUUGGUCUUCAAUGAAGUCCAGAGGGCCGCACUGAUUCUUUUAAAUAUUUCCUUGCCAGUGAGCUGGACAGUCAAGAAACUGUAUGAAUAUAGGUCCAUUAUCAUUUCUACAGCGUUUCGAUUUGGUUUUACUCAUUUUAAAGAAAUAGAUUAUUAUUAUUUAUUCAUUUUUUUAAAAACUCAAACCACCCACGGGCUGGAUUAGACCUGUAUGUUUGGCACCCCUGCCCUAUAUAGUGUACUACUUUUGACAUGGGCCCUAUGGCGGUCUCCUAUGGGAUCUGGUCAAAAGUAGUGCACUAUAUAGGUAAUAGGGUGCCAUUUCAGAUACUGCCUUGUAUGAGCCAAUAGGGGUUAGAGGCUCUUUCCAGAAGCUGAGUUUUCCCCUGGAAACUGAACCAGACCCACAGCGGAGCAAUUUUGUUGUUUCUUCAUUAUUCCUUAAUGAGGUGUUUCCCAGAGCAGAGGCAUUGUGGGUUACUGCUAACCUCUUACUGCUGACUGACUGACGUUGGAUCAGGUUCCCUACCCUCACAGAAUUUUUGGUAACUAAUAAGAAUUAUAUUUUAAAAAGAGGACCAUGGAAUUCUGUGGGGUCAGCAAAAUAUUUUUGAUUAGAUCUUACACUGAACAAAAAUAUAUACUCAACAUGCAACAAUUUCAAAGAUUUUACUGAGUUACAGUUCAUAUAAGUAUAUCAGUCAAUUGAAAUAAAUCCAUUAGACCCUAAUCUAUGGAUUUCACAUGACUGGGAAUACAAAUAUGGUGUUUGGUCACAGAGGUGCGUGGAUCAGAAAACCAGUCAGUAUCUGGAGUGUGACUACCAUUUGCUGGAUAUUGGCGGGAACUGGAACACGCUGUCGUACACGGCAAUCCAGAGCAUCCCAAACAUGCUCAAUGGGUGACAUGUCUGGUGAGUAUGCAGGCCAUGGAAGAACGGGGACAUUUUCAGCUUCCAGGAAUUGUGUACAGAUCCUUGCGACAUGGGGCUGUGCAUUAUAAUGCGGAAAAAUAAGGUGAUGGCGGCGGAUGAAUGGCACGGCAAUGGGCCUCAGGAUCUCGUCACGAUAUCCCUGUGUAUUCAAAUUGCCAUUGAUAAAAUGCAAUUGUGUUUGUUGUCUGUAGCUUUUUUAUUUUUUUAUUUAAUUUUUUUUAUUUAACUAGGUAAGUCAGUUAAGAACAAAUUCUUAUUUACAAUGAUGGCCUAGACCGGCCAAACCCGGAUGACGCUGGGCCAAUUGUGCGCCUGGAAUCGAACCAGGGGGUCUGUAGUGACGCCUCAAGAACUGAGAUGCAGUGCCUUAGACCUCUGCGCCACUCAGGAGCCCAGUGGUUAUGGUAUGGGCAAGCUUAUGCCUGCCCAUACCAUAACCCCACCGCCACCAGCAAACCACUCGCUGACACGACGCCAUACACGCUGUCUGCCAUCUGCCCGGUACAGUUGAAACCGGGAUUCAUCCGUGAAGAUCACACUUCUCCAGCGUGCCAGUGGCCAUCAAAGGUGAGCAUUUUCCCACUGAAGUCGGUUACGACGCCGAACUGCAGUCAGGUCAAGACCCUGGUGAGGACAACGAGCAAGCAGAUGAGCUUCCCUGAGAUGGUUUCUGACAGUUUGUGCAGAAAUUCUUCAAUUGUGCAAACCCACAGUUUCAUCAGCUGUCCAGGUGGCUGGUCUCAGACGAUCCCGCAGGCCGGUUAAACGUACUGCCAAAUUCUCUAAAAUGACGUUGGAGGCAGCUUAUGGUAGAGAAAUGAACAUUAAAUUCUUUGGCAACAGCUCUGGUGGACAUUCCUGUAGUCAGCAUGCCAAUUGCACACUCCCUCAAAACUUGACACAUCUGUGGCAUUGUGUUGUGUGACAAAACUGCACAUUUUAGAGUGGCCUUUUAUUGUCCCCAGCACAAGGUGCACCUGUGUAAUGAUCAUGCUGUUUAAUUAGCUUCUUGAUAUGCAACACCUGUCAGGCUGAUGGAUUAUCUUUGCAAGGAGAAAUGCUUACUAACUUGUGCAUCAAAUUAAUGAGAAAUACGUUUUUUGUGCAUAUAUGCAACAUUUCUGGGAUCUUUUAUUUCAGCUCAUUAAACAUGGGACCAACACUUUACAUGUUGCGUUUUAUAUUUUUGUUCAGUAUACAAGACUGGGACAAAAUGGGUUUAUGGUAAGUGUUAGGAAAGCAGCUAGCCAGCCUAUUGAUAAACCUACAUCUGCACCAAAAUUACUUCUAAUAGACGUACUGAACAUACGUAGACCUCUGCGUUCCGUGGCAUAUUAUUUGGAUAGUGUUGCACUUUAGAGCUGCAAAGUCUCUUUGAUUAGAUUUAAUCUAACUGGGAUGAAAAGGUACUAUGGUUAGGACCAAAAUCAGUGCUUAUAGAUAUGCAUUACAUGACACGCAUGUCUUUGUUAGUGUUGCAAAACUGUUGUGGAAGAGUUCUUGUUGGAAUGUCAUUUACUUAAAGAAUGAUGAUCAAUGUUAGAUUAUUUUAUCGCCGCAGACUAACAAAAUAUUUUGAAUGUUUUUUCAAACGGGUCUUUGGAUUAUAAUAUAAUUGGUUUGUUUAGUCCCUAGAGCACACAUUAGUGUGUCAACGUAGCUCUGGCACAUAUCUAUGAUUUUCUAACAUGCGAACAUUUCCCUCCACAUCUGAAUGCAAUUUGUGAAAAGAAAAUAAGUUUGGUAUCUGAUUCACAAUCAGAUGUAGGAAUGAAGCUUUGGUUUUAUUCAGUCUCUGUACACACCGAGCCGUGGUCAUCAAAUUACGUUUUUGGCGAAUACUCUCAAAGCAAACUGAAGGAAUGGACGACAUGUGAGGCAUUGCGAGCGGCGCACAUGACUGUCUCAACAUUUCAAAAACAAUCCUUUGGCUCGUUGCGCCAAGACACCAUCACUAAAAAUGAUACGCCUCAAAUUGUUUUUGGCUGCAUCCCAAAUGGCACUCUAGUCCCUACAUAGGGCUCUGGUCAAAAGUAGUGCACUAUAUAAGGAAUGGGGUGCCAUUUGGGACACAUACGUUGUAAGAUCACAGCAUAGUGCAACAUCUGGUGAUGGUAAGGGCCUUUUCCUGUUGUUCGAACGAAGGGGGAAGUCUUUGGAAUUAGGAGCCCUAGUUAAUUCCCCAAAUAAUCCCCUCACAGCUCAGGUCUCUCUCUAUCUCUCUAUCUCUCUAUAUAUACAAUGCAUUUGGAAAGUAUUCAGACCUCUUGACUUUUUCCACAUUUUGUCACGUUACAGCUUUAUUCUAAAAUGGAUUAAAUUGUUUUUUUCUUCCUCAUCGAUCUACACACAAUAACCCAUAAUGACAAAGCAAAAACUGGUUUUUAGAAAUGUUUGCAAAUGUAUUAAAAAUAUUUUUAAAAGAUCACAUUUACAUAAGUAUUCAGACCCUUUACUCAGUACUUUGUUAAAGCACCUUUGGCAGUGAUUACAGCCUCGAGUCUUCUUGGGUAUGACGCUACAAGCUUGGCACACCUGUAUUUGGGGAGUUUCUCCCAUUCUUCUCUGCAGAUCCUCUCAAGCUCUGUCCGGUUGGUCGGGGAGCAUCGCUGCACAGCUAUUUUCAAGUCUCUCCAGAGAUGCUCGAUCGGGUUCAAGUCCGGGCUCUGGCUGGGUCACUCAAGGACAUUCAGAGACUUGUCCCGAAGCCACUCCUGCGUUGUCUUGCUCCGUUCAUCUUUCCUUCGAUCCUGACUAGUCUCCCAGUCCCUGCCGCUUAAAAACAUCCCCACAGCAUGAUGCUGCCAUCACCAUGCUUCACCGUAGGGAUGGUGCCAGGUUUCCUCCAGAUGUGACGCUUGGCAUUCAGGCCAAAGUGUUCAAUCUUGGUUUCAUCAGACCAGAGAAUCUUGUUUCUUAUGGUCUGAGAGUCCUUUAGGUGCCUUUUGGCAAACUCCAAGCGAGCUGUCAUAUGCCUUUUAAUGAGGAGUGGCUUCCGUCUGGCCACUCUACCAUAAAGGCCUGAUUGGUGGAGUGCUGCAGAAAUGGUUGUCCUUCUGGAAGGUUCUCCCAUCUCCACAGAGGAACUCUGGAGCUCUGUCAGAGUGACCAUCGUGUUCUUGGUCACCUCCCUGACCAAGGUCCUUCUCCCCUGAUUGCUCAGUUUGGCCAGUCGGCCAGCUCUAGGAAAAGUCUUGGUGGUUCCAAACUUCUUCCAUUUAAGAAUGAUGGAGGCCACUGUAUUCUUGGGGACCUUCAAUGCUGCAUAAUUUUUUUGGUACCCUUCUCCAGAUCUGUACCUCGACACAAUCCUGUCUCGGAGCUCUACGGACAAUUCCUUCGACCACAUGGCUUGGUUUUUGCUCUGACAUGCACUGUCAACUGUGGGACCUUAUAUAGACAGGUGUGUGCCUUUGCAAAUCAUGUCCAAUCAAUUGAAUGUACCACAGGUGGACUCAAAUCAAGUUGUAGAAACAUCAAGGAUGAUCAAUGGAAACAGGAUGCACCUGGGCUCAAUUUAAAGUCUCAUAGAAAACGGUCUGAAUACUCAUGUAAAUAAGGUAUUUCUGUUUUUUAUUUUUAAUACAUUCGCUUUGUCAUAAUGAGGUAUUUUGUGUAGAUUCAUUAGUUAAUUAGUUAAAAAAGUUAAUUUAAUCAAUUUUAGAAUAAGGCUGUAACGUAACAAAGUGGAAAAAGUGAAGGGGUCUGAAUACUUUCUGAAUGCACUGUAUGUACUGUAAAUCUCCCUAUUCCUGUUCCCCGCUCUCAUUCCUACUCCUCUCCCUGUCUCCCUCAACUCAUUAUUCUCCUCUUCAGAAACUGGUGAUGGACAACGUUGAGGUUUUGACCCAGAUGAGGACCAGCUUUGACAAGCCUGGAGAAAUGGCUGCUCUGUUCAAGAAGCUCUCAUGUGGGUACUCUCUGUGUAUUUCUAUUGGACUGGUCAGUCUUGCUAUGCCAGACAGACACUAGGCUCAGUGCUGCCAAGGGCCAAAUAAGCAACAGAUACAUGAAACACUCUCCCAUAAAUAGUACUGUUCUGCGUACAGGCCUUUGGUUGUGGCUGCUGAAGAGCAAAAGUGACAUAACAUAACACCUAAAUCUUAUUUGCUUACCUGUAAAAAUUACUAGAGACGUCAGUUGUCUGUGAGGCUCACAUGUUCUUUGUCUUGGUGUUACAGCAGUCGACAGUGUUCUGAAAAGGAUGACCAUUAUCGGCGUCAUCCUCUCAUUCCGAUCCCUGGCUCAGGAGGCACUCCGAGAUGUAAGUCGGCUCUUUAAACCCCCUAAAAGUCUAAGCCUUUGGGGGGGGGGGGGGUCUUCUAAGCUAACAUAUGGAUCAUUUAGCUAUUUGAUUUUGAAUUUUAGGACCCCUGUAGGUAUAAUAAAAAAAUACUGCUAUAGCCCAUAGAAACACAUUCAUAACUGGCAAAACAAAACCCAAAAAAAUAUCAUAACGAAUAAGGUUUUAAAGUGUCGAUCCUAUAUCUAGGAGAUAUACAAAAGCUCCGAAAUUAUUUUUUACAUUUUUAACACAUAUUUAACCCCUUUUUUUUGGGGGGGGGGGGACAAAACUACUUCCAUUCAUUUUUUUAAACCGGUACCAAGUUACCUUCAGACGAGUCCUGUGACACUUGUGAAGGUCGUAGAGCAAAACGGAGAACACCAUCUUGUUCGUGAGAAUCUCCCCUUUCCAUGUGGGGUCAUAUUAGUUUGUAGCCCAAACAGUUUGGACGCUACAGACAGAAGUUGGCACAUCGGCGGGGGUCGUAGAACAAAACGGAAAACACCAUAGUGUUCGUGAGAGGCCGACUUGGGCGGAUGCAGUGGAUUGAGACGCAGCCCAUGCAAAAAAACUGAUAUCUCUAGCUUAAACAGACAGAUUUGUAUCUGGAUUCUUUUAUUAUGGUAAUUGGAUUGACGCACGGGUGCAUCAAUCAACUGUAGGGGGUUAACUUUCCCCCACUGAUUGGCAUCAUGUAUUGACACAAUACACUACACAAUUAUCUUGCGUUGUCUCAAGCUGGUUUCUCACAUUUCACCCUGUGCUAAAAUUAGUUACAUCUAAUAUUUCUGGCUUAGUAUUGAGGUAACACAUUAUUUUCUUCUUGUCAACAGGUGUUGUCAUGCCACAUCCCAUUCCUGGUGAGCUCAGUGGAGGACUUCAAGGAUCACAUUCCUAGAGAGACCGACAUGAAGGUGAGAGACACAAUAGGACCUUUAAAUUAUGCUUUAUGAGGUCAAGGUUGUGAGUUCAGUUCCCACAAGGAUCACAUACACUGGGCUGUAAAUUGCUUUGGAUUAGAACAUCUGCGAAGUGGCAUAUAUUAUUCAUACGAUAUAUGAAUGGCUGUUUUGUUUGAAGCAGACUGAUUCUCUGAUGUCCUGUAUGUUGAUCAUUAGGUGGCCAUGAACGUGUAUGAGCUGUCCUCUGCAGCAGGCCUGCCCUGUGAGAUAGACCCUGCCUUAGUGGUGGCCCUCUCCUCCCAGAAGUCAGGUGAGAUAGGACGCGCCAUACACUGCUGCAUCACAACUGUUACAUGGAAGUCCAUUUCUCUGUACGCACCAUUGUUGAGGACGUCUCUAUGAUUGUGUAUUUGAUGAAAUGAUUGUUGAAUAAUGACUAACUGUAACAAGAACACAUGUGAACUAGUUUACUGCACAUCUUGGAUUUAGUCAAUCGUCCAUUUACAAUUUUAAUUUUGAAUGUUUAGUUGUUGAGCUGAAAUUAUGAUGACUAUCAAAUGCCUCAUAGCCUGAGUUACAUGUCCAAACACUGUGUAAAGGGAUGACUGAUUCACUGUUGAAAUCUGUUUGAAAAUAAAUCUGUUAAUAAUGGCAUAGAGAGAGACAGUUGGACAAGCAUUAGAACUACAUUCCACUCUGUAGUCAUGUAUCAAAAUCAAUGUUUUCAUAAAUGAAAAAUAAAUGCAUGUCCUGUCAAUAUUUCAUAAUCGCAACAGAUAUGCCAGGCUUUGUUUAGGUAAUGUUUUAACACCUCAGCACCCCUGAGGGACGUGUUACUUAACAGGACAUGUUGAUGCUUAUACACACUUGUAUUAGGUUGUCAAGUCAUGCAGCCUGCAGCCAUAUCCACAAAGUGCAGUCCAGUCCAUAUGUGCAUCCCUUCACUUUUUCCACAUUUUGUUACGUUACAGCCUUAUUCUAAAAUGGAUGAAAUUAUUUGUUUCCCUCAUCAAUCUACACACACUACCCCAUAAUGACAGGUUUUUAGACAUUUUUGCGAAAUGAUAUAUAUACAAAUAUAAAUAAGUAUUCAGACCCUUCGCUAUGAGACUUGAAUUUGAGCUCAGGUGCAUCCUGUUUCCAUUGAAAAAUCCUUGAGAUUUUUAUACAACUUGAUUGGAGUCCACCUAGCCAUGAGGUCGAAGGAAUUGUCUGUAGAGCUCCGAGAGGGUUGUGUUGAGGCACAGAUCUGGGGAAGGGUACCAAAACAAUUCUGCAGGAUUGAAAGUUCCCAAGAACACAGUGGCCUCCAUCAUUCAUAAAUAGAAAAAGCUUAGAACCACCAAGACUCUUCCUAGAGCUGGCCGCCCGGCCAAACUGAGCAAUCGGGGGAGAAGGCCCUUGGUCAGGGAGGUGACCAAGAACCCGAUGGUCACUCUGACAGAGCUCCAGAGUUCCUCUGUGGAGAUGGGAGAACCUUCCAGAAGGACAACCAUCUCUGUAGCACUCCACCAAUCAGGCCUUUAUGGUAGAGUGGCCAGACGGAAGCCACUCCUCAGUAAAAGGCACAUGACAGCCAACUUGGAGUUUGCCAAAGGCACCUAAAGGACUCUCAGACCAUGAGAAACAAGAUUAUCUGGUCUGAUGAAACCAAGAUUGAACUCUUUGGCCUGAAUGCCAAGCGUCACGUCUGGAGGAAACCUGGCACCAUCCCUACGGUGAAGCAUGGUGAUUGCAGCAUCAUGCUGUGGGGAUGUUUUUCAGCGGAAGGGACUGGGAGACGAGUCAAGAUCGAGGGAAAGAUGAACAGAGCAAAGUACAGAGAGAUCCUUCAUGAAAACCUGCUCCAGAACGCUCAGGACCUCAGACUGGGGCGAAGGUUCACCUUCCAACAGGACAAUGACCCUAAGCACACAGCCAAGACAACGCAGGAGUGGCUUUGGGACAAGUCUCUGAAUGUCUGAGUGGCCCAGCCAGAGCCUGGACUUGAACCUGAUCGAACAUCUCUGGAGAAACCUGAAAAUAGCUGUGCAGUGACGCUCCCCAUCCAACCUGACAGAGCUUGAGAGAAUCUGCAGAGAAGAAUGGGAGAAACUCCCCAAAUAAUAAUAUAAUAUAAUAUGCCAUUUAGCAGACGCUUUUAUCCAAAGCGACUUACAGUCAUGCGUGCAUACAUUUUUGUGUAUGGGUGGUCCCGGGGAUCGAACCCACUACCUUGGCGUUACAAGCGCCGUGCUCUACCAGCUGAGCUACAGAGGACCACAAUACAGGUGUGCCAAGCUUGUAGCGUCAUACCCAAGAAGACUCAAGGCUGUAAUAGCUGCCAAAGGUGCUUCAACAAAGUACUGAGUCUGAAUACUUAUGUAAAUGUGAUAUUUCCGUUAAUAAAAAAAUAAAAAAAUAAAAAUAUCUAAACCUGUUUUUGCUUUGUCAUUAUGGGGUAUUUUUUGUAGAUUGAUUGAGGGGGGAAAAACAAUUGAAUCCAUUUUAGAAUCCGGCUGUAAAGUAACAAUGUGGAAAAAGUCAAGGGGUCUGAAUACUUUCCGAAUGCACUGUAUGUCCGAAAUGGAACCCUAUUCUCAGAGAUUCCUCUGUGUGCAUCCCAAAUGGCACCCUAUCCCCUAUUUAGGUGUCUGGUCAAAAGUAGUGCACUAUAUAGGGAAUAGGGUGCCAUUUGGGACGAAGCCACUGGCUCUGCUCAAGUUCCCAGCCUCUCUCUGUUGCUCUAAGGAAAAUACUGAAUAACAUUGCUUUAACUCUGUCAGAGCCAUUAAGAGCCCUGCAGGCCUUUUGGCCAGCGAUUACAUUUCUAUUAUGCCCCUGCUGUUCUUAUACAAACCUCUGUUUUAAUAUCAAAAUAGUUAUCAACCCUCAACUUCGUCUCCUAGGAUGCAAAUGGCACUCUUUUCACUAUGUAGUGCACUACUUUCGACCAGGGCCCAUAGGGGUCUAGUCAAAAGUAGUGCCAUAUAGGGAAUAGGGUGCCAUUUGGGAGGCACUCCUACCCCACAUAGUUGAAUAAUCUCCCAGUGUUGUCCUGUUAAUAUAAAUUACAGUUAAUUAUGGAGCCUUAUUGCAGUUUGUCUUGGCUAGAGGGUCUUCGUGUUCAGAUAAUAUCCAAACUGGAUCCCCCCGAUUUCCCCCAAACGGCUAUUUCUUUCAUAUUUUUUUUCUCUAUGUCAUGAUGCCAAGAUAAAGACGUGCUGUUAAGCUGUCAUGGUCAUGGUGAUGGUUUGUUAACGGACAUUUCCUUUCUUUGGUAACAGAGAACAUCAGUCCUGAGGAGGAGUACAAGAUAGCGUGCCUGCUGAUGGUCUUUGUGGCAGUCUCUAUGCCCACCUUGGCAAGCAACGUCAUGUCCCAGUAUAGCCCUGCUAUUGAAGGUACCUGUUCUUAGAUAAAUGAAGUAAAUGUUCUAUGUACAUUUUAAGUAUAUUUGUUGUUAUACUUAUUGAUAUGGUUCCUUCAUAAUAGUCCUUGUUAACAGCGCUGUGAGAUAAUAAGAUGUUUUAAGUACAUUUUAUGUUCAUUUGUUGUUACAUGUAUAUGGAUUGAUGUGGUUUAGUCCUAAUAGUAUCAAGUUAACAUUGUAGAAAGAUAUAGUAGAUAGUUUUACCCGCAGUGUUUAAAGAUAUAGUGGAGACAUGAAUUUAUUCUUGUCUGUUGUCCUUUCACAGGUCACUGCAACAACAUCCACUGUCUGGCUAAAGCUAUAAAUCAGAUCGCUGCAGCUUUAUUCACCAUUCACAAGGGCAGCAUCGAGGACCGCCUCAAAGAGUUCCUCGCAGUACGUUUUAUAGUGAUAGUCCAUUUGGUUUAUACCACACAUUUCUCUUCACCCUUUUAUUUAUUAUAAGCAGCUCUCUUCUUUCAUUUGUUUUAUAUUUAAUCUCUCUGGUGGGUUUUCCAAAAUGCUAGAGAGGGUAUGCAUCCCAAAUAGCACCCUAUUCCCUAUAUAUAGUGCACUUCUUUUGGGCCUUGGUCAAAAGUAGUGCAGUAUUUAGGGAAUAGGGUGCUAUUGGGAUAUAUCCUGGGUCAUGUAAGAAUUUAUUACACACAGCAUGAGAGGCAGGAUAUUUAUUUUAUUUCAUUUUUUAUUUUCAAGACCGGGAUUGAUAAACAUUAAUGUUCCAUGAACCUUCUGUGAUUCUAAAUCAUUUUUUAUUUUAAUAUCUGAAAUGAGUUUUCUUGGAUGACUGGGGCUUUUUCUGCAUCGCUGAGGAGGAGGGUACAGCACACCACCAACCUUGUUUUCCCCUCUGUGUUUCCAUUGGAAUUAUUCCUCAUACAGUGUCGUCUCUUACUUUGUAUUGCGCUCCAAUAAUGUAUUACUACAACGGUGUUAAAAUAUUUAAUGCUGUCUCCAGUCUGAUACCAUGUGAGAUGCAGCCCAAGCCCCAUCCUCUUUGAAACACUGCAGUGUUUAGUUCAAAUCCAAGAGUAAAUUUGACCCAUGUGUAAACGCUGAACCCACAAGGCAAGGUUAGAGUGGGAAACUGGUGGUUUGGGAUAAUUCAUAUUGACUGUGUUAUAGACUUUAAAUGUCUAGUAACGUUGUGCUUUAAAUGUCUAGUAACGUUGUGCUUUAAAUGUCUAGUAACGUUGUGCUUUAAAUGUCUAGUAACGUUGUGAAACUGAUGGAAAGAGACACAAGUGCUUCUAUACCUUUUUUAGGACCAGUUUCCCCAGACACAGAUAACUCUUAGUACAGGACAAAAAGUUUGAGUUUGCUGUUUAGUUCAGAACUAGGAUUAAUCUGUAUCUGGGAAACCGGCCCUCCGUGUGAAAGUUGUUCUUAAAGUUUUCUCAGGUGCAGCUUCGUAAUGUCUAGAAACAUUGUGAAAAGACACCAUGCUUCUACACAUUCAGUGUUAAAGUUUACAUUUUACAUUUUGAGUCUUUUACUCGUACUCCUGAGUGACGCAGUGGUCUAAGGCACUGCAUCGCAGUGCUAACUGUGCCACUAGAGAUCCUGGUUCGAAUCCAGGCUCUGUCGCAGCCGGCCGCGACCGGGAGACUCAUGGGCGGCGCACAAUUGGCCCAGCGUCGUCCAGGGUAGGGGAGGGAAUGGCCGGCAGGGAUGUAGUUCAGUUGAUAGAGCAUGGCGUUUGCAACGCCAGGGUUGUGGGUUCGAUUCCCACGGGGGGCCAGUAUAAAAAAAAAAAGAAGAUAUGUAUUCACUAACUGUAAGUCGCUCUGGAUAAGAGCGUCUGCUAAAUGACUAAAAUGUAAAUGUAAUGAGUCAUUUAGCAGACAAUCUUAUCCAGAGCGACUUACAGGAGCAAUUAGGGUUAUGUGCCUUGCUCAAGGGCACAUCGACAUUUCGGUUACUGGCCCAACACUCUUAACCACUAGGCUAUCUGCUGCUCCAUUUUUAAGUUGUUCUUAAAGCUGAUAGUUAUUUCCCAUUCUUCUACACAGUCAGUUGAAACUGAUUUAAACUGUUCUUUCUCUCCCGUGCAGCUUGCCUCCUCCAGUUUGCUGAAGAUCGGCCAGGAGACUGACAAAACCACAACAAGGAACAGAGAAUCUGUCUACUUGCUCCUGGAUAUGGUGAGUCACAUACAGUAUGGGUGAGUCCCAAAUGGCACCCUAUUCCCUAUAUAGUGCGCUACUAUAUAGGGCCCUAUAGGCCAUGGUCAAAAGUAGUGCAAUAUAUAGGGAAUAGGGUGCCAUUUGGGAUGCAGAUUAAUGUUCUAUUUUAACCCUUUAUUUAACCAGGAAGUCCCGUUUAGGUCAGAAUAAAUAUUUCCCAAGGGAGACCUGGGAAAUUAAUUUAGGAGAGAAGAGAGUCCUAUACUAUAAGUUGAUGAUACUAUAUCAAACCGAAUUACUAAGAGUUGCAGUUUCAUAAAGUUAGGCUUACUUUAAAUAAGGAUUUCCAUAGUACUAGUAGAUUGGAGUUUUACUGUAUAGCACUUGAACUUUGAACUUGACUUACAUUAUGACUAAGCUAGCCAUCAUCUAACACGUUGUCACAUCAUCUAAUUAUCAUCUAGCCAUCAUCUAACUAACACAUGUAAUAUACCAGUUUGUUCCAAGGUCAACGUUCUCACUAGGAUCUGGCCAGCCCAAAGCAGAAAGAAAACAAAGAGAAUCUCAAACCUUUCUACUGGAAAAUGAACACAGCACUAUCGUCUUUCUGACUGUGUUGAAAAUGACAUGCAGUCAUGCAUACACAUGUAUGGUCUUUUGAUCAGAGCGACUUACUCAUUGGUCUGUGGGAUUUUCUUUCCUUUGAAGAAUAAUCUACAGGAGGGAGGUUGUUGAAUAGAAAGACAACUGUAAUGGAAAGAAGGAAGAAUCAGCCACAGUCUUUAUCCUGCAGUGGGAACUGGCAUAGGAUAGAACACACACACGGACGCAUGGAGGCACGCACACAUAAUAUAGAGAACAAGGCGAGAUCACAAAAGUGUGAUUCAACUUCCGCUGCGUCCCAAAUGGCACCCUAUUCCCUAUAUAGCACACUAAUUUUGACCAGAGCCGUAUGUGGGUCCUGGUCAAAGGUUGUGCACUAUAUAGGGAAUAGGGUGCCAUUUGGGAUGUAACCUAUGUGUAACUUUGUUCUCACUGUGGUUAUUUUUGGUUGUAUCCUUAUCCAUCCAUGUGUUUUCUCUACCAGAUUGUGCAGGAGUCCCCGUUCCUGACCAUGGACCUUCUGGAGUCCUGCUUCCCAUAUGUGCUGCUCCGUAACGCAUACCACGCCGUCUACAAGCAGAGUGUGCCUUCCUCCACCUGA